AUGAUUUUACCCGAAUACGAAAACAUCGAUUCAAUCUCACAUCAAAUGCCCGCGCUUUUAAAUAGAAUCGAAACAAUCGCCAACUCUACUCGGCUCCUCGAUAAACAACAACAAAUAACAAUUCUCAGUGUCCAUGGAUGGCUCCCCGAAAUAGCACAAGGAAUUUUGCCAGUUCCAUCACAGAUUUUGGUCGACAAAAUGGAGUCGGCUGUUCGACGUUAUCUCAAUCUCGGACAAAAUGAAGGAAAUAUUACAGGGAUUCGGUUAACUGGAUAUGGAUUAGUGGAAGAAAGAGUAGAAAUGUUUCUGAAGCGAAUUCAGAAUGACCGAAAUUACGUUGACAAAGUAUCGAAUGCCAGUGUGAUCUUUAUCGUUGGUCAUUCGCAAGGUGUGCCGACGAGCGUAUUAUUGUUUUCACGACUUAUUGAAGUUGGAUUAGUAAAUCCUCAAAAGCAACGUAUUGCUUUAUUACUAUUGGCUGGCAUUUCGGAAGGACCGACGUCACGCGCUGAAAUUGGAGAUCCUAUUGGAAAAGUUAUCGGUGAUAAAGCGACAAGCGAGCUUUUUGCCUUUCAAAUUUCCACCGAUGCAAUUGCCAAAAAAUAUCGUACUGCUACAGAGACGGCAUUGAAACUUGGUGUCAAAAUCUUGUAUUUCGCUUCUGGAAACGAUGAAGUUGUACCACUUCAUUCUGCGCUCUUCUCGAGCGUCGAUCAUCCAUCAAUCUUGCGCGGAAUCUAUGUAACUGACAACAUCUACCAGGACAAACGAUUCAUCGUUGAUUUAGUGCGUCUUUUAAUUCGUAUUAGAAACCACAAUUACUCCGAUCAAGGCCUCUUAAUACAUCUAAGUAAUUCUUUAAUCGGUUAUUUGAAAGAUGAAGGCCAUAAUCAUCUAACAACCGACGAUGAUGCUUAUAUGACAGCAGUAAAACAUCUUUACGAAUCAAAAACUUACGAAGGAAUCGAACCUAAAUUCGCAGAAUUUGACUACUCAAGAGUAAUUUAUAUAAAUGGCAGUUACAUUCCAUGGGGAAUGCGUGGUCUUUUAUCGGAUGAAGUUCUUUUUAACUCAGAGAAACUUGGCCCUGAUAUCACUUCCUUGCGAAAAAGCUUUAUGAAUUGGACGCCUCGCUUUGAUGAUAAAGUAGCGAUUGAAUUAAAAUUGCUGUUAGUUCCCUUUGGCGAUACAAAUGAAGAGCAAUAUAUCGAUAUUGUUAAUACGCACCACCACAUUGUAUCUGCUAAAAUUUAA